AUAAAGAAGAGUCUGUGCCAGUGGUCGUGUGAAGCGCGAACUUAUAAAGGACAAGAUUUUCUUAAGCACUUUAAAGUGCGAAUAAACAUAAUUAAAAAAUCUCCACUUUUGUGUCUCGUGUGAAGGAGCAACACGCGCACUAUAACAGGUUAAUUGUAUAAGAAGAUCAACAUGAUCGUUGCAGUGACGGGCCUCCUCUUCCUCCUGGUUUGUCACCUCUCAGUGGUGCAGCCCGAUACAUCCUCCGAUAUAGCAGCCAUUGUGAAAGCACCUCUAAUUCUCCAAUGCAGCUGCUCUGGGAAAGUGGUUAAAUGGACGACCUAUUACUUUUACUCCACUGAAACACCCAUUGCCGAGUGUAAUAGUGGGAUGUGUCAGAUUGAAAAGGAUUUUCAGGACAGAUUUACCUUCUUGGAUGACACCAGCGCUGGAAAUUUCUCCAUGACCAUCAAUUCAACUGUCUACAAUGACAUUGGCUACUACAAAUGCACCUGUGAUGGAAAAUCAGUUAGUGGACUACAACUAAAAGUAUAUGACCCUGUGGUUGUGGAGGUUUUCGAGGGGGAUAACGCCACACUUCCAUGCUACGGCAACACUCGGCGUGAUGCCCAGGACAUACAGUGGAUGAAAGAUGGGGGAAAGUUGCCGGUCUACAAAUAUUCCAUUGCCGGUGAAGCUGCAGCAGGCAGAAUAACCAUGUCAAAAGAAGGCUUUCAAACUGGCGAUCUCUCGCUGCGAAUCGGAGCCGUUCGUCACUCCGACGCUUCGCUUUACUUGUGCCUUAUUCACCAGGGAUCUCGUGAAGGAGACCCGCGUGCCGUCCUGCUAAAGGUGAAAGAACAUCCAUUGGCGCAAACCCCACCCACACCCUCCAGCUGUAUUACCCCAAACUCCCAACUAGCAAUAAAUGUAGUACUGGGAUUGCUCCUUUUCCUCCUCUUCAUCAGCGUUGUGAUUUACUGCGUGAGAAGCCACAAAAAGCCUCAACAAAUGGCAACCAACAAUGAAGCUGCUCCUGUUCAGGAAGAAACCCCAAUGAUGCCAAAGAUUUCUUCAACGCAGAUGAUCCAAGACUAGUCGUGUUAGUUGCAGUAGCAGAAUGUGUAUAAAAUGAUUCCCCAGAAUCAAUUCCCUCUGUUACAUAGUGAGUUCUCUCAGAUACACUCUCAGUUGCACUUUAGCUUGAAGCGGUGUAAGAUGACACUGGGGUUUCUAACUAAUCGGAGAGCCAAAAGACAUGUUGCCUGGGUCAGAGGAACUGCCGUACACCAUACAGUGUAAUGACUGGAGGUCCAUUUAUCUUCUAAUCAAGUGUCCAUUCCCUAUUUAUACUUUUGCACUUUUUUCUUCGGGAAAACGAAUGCACUAAAAACACAGGGUCAUUUCAAGUAAACAUUGAUGCAUCUGCUGGAGAAUAAAUUGAAAGGAGACACCACUAAAUGCCUGCGUUUUAAAUGUACUGCAUGCUACUGUUGUCAAUGUCUUGGGUUUUUUUUUUUGCUAUUGUAAAAUUGAAGGUUAAGUUUGUUUGUUAUGUUUGUUUAUAUUAUCUGAUGUCAUUUAUACCUUUUUGAUAGUAAUAUUUUAUACACCAAAAUAUUUUAUAAUACAAAUAUUUUGGAAUAAACACUUGUUAUACUGUUUAUAUUUUUGACAAUUUUCCAUAAUUAUUUGUUUAAUCUGCUUGUACAGUGCAGUAAUGAUAGCUAUAUAAUAUACACCUUUAUAUUUGUUAGAAAUGCAUAACAACGCUGAAUAAAUGUAUAGCAUAUUAAAAAAAUGUAAUGCA